AUCGGCGCCAUUUUGUAAACCAUUGUAAAGAUUUGAAGAGGAAGAAAUAUCGCAAUAAAAGCCAGAAAUAACGCCAAUUUUUUCAUCUAAAUUAAAGAAUAUAGAAGCCUGAAGAUAACCAUGAAUCCUUUAACGUGAGUAAAUCGAUUGAUCAUCGUAGUUUCACGAAAAUAGAUACAUUACUUAUGGUCCGUCGGUAGAUAUGUGUGCGCUGUUGGCAGAUAAUGCAACCAACUUCCAAAGAGCGGGGCUUAUGUUUUGUUAAGAUCUUUCAUUCAAUAUUUAUUCUUUCACUCGUGUUUGAAGUGCAAAUGUACGCGUCGUUACAAGGUUACCAAUCUUCGUCCAAGGUUUGUUCACACAGCUGUCAGUUCAGAGUUGAAUUUAUAGUGAUCAGUGUAUUACUCUUCACAGAAACGUCAAAAACAUUCAGAAAAUGAAUGAAAGAAUGUUAGAGAUGGGUGUGGAGGACAGCCAGGCAUGGCACAAGCAGUACAAAGAUAGUGCUUACGUCUUCAUAGGUAACGUUGAUUAAAAGUUUUCAUACCCACCGUCAAAAUGAGCUACCUUUCCACUGAUAACCAAUUUCAUUGUGCCUUCAUUUUCUGCGCACAAAAUGCUGCCCAAGAUAACCUUUAUUAUUCCCCUUUUUAAGACACAGACUAGUGAGUAAAAAUUCAUUGAAACUGCUUUAAAGGAAACUUUAAUUGCAUUAAUUAAAUUCAAUUUAGUUGUGGAAAAACUCAGGGAGAUGUAACCUCCCAAAUGUGAGGGGCUGGUCUAUGCAGUAUAGUAGAACUCUGUGAAUUUAUGCAUGCUUUGCCACUUAAUGAAAUGCAUGUAAUAUAAUCCAGGGUUUUAUUAAAAGCUGGUUACCAUUGGUCUGCUGCCACUUUUGAGACCAUGUAUGGCCAUUUGUCUAGCAUGUGUGAAGGCUCUCUUGUUUGGAUGUUGCCAUUCAACCCCCUUUUUGGCCACAGCUGCCUAUCACAACAUCGGCAGCCUGUUAUGAAAACCCCUGGCUAAUUGAUGGAAGCUUUCAGUUGCUCAUAUCGUGCACUCUUGCAAAUACAUGUCCUUACAUUAACUGUAAGCUCUCUCUUUGCAGGUGGCCUACCUUUUGAUCUCACUGAGGGCGAUGUCCUGUGUGUGUUUUCACAGUAAGUUGUCAAAUUUCUGAUUGAUAAUUUCUUUUCAUUCACAUUAGUUUGUUUACUGUUAAGAUGGCCACCUUUUGCUGAUGUUCAAGUUUCUUUAGCAGUAGUGUUGUUUAAAAAUUUAGAUAUCAUGAAGAUGAUGAUGACUGCCAUUUAGAUUGUGAAAAUGUCUUUCACUUCUACAAACAACAAACAUGGGUAUUAAAUAACUAAAAUGUUAACAAUGGGGUCAAUCUUCUAAAUCUAUUAGCAGUGCUUCUUUCAGAAGCAAACCAUUUUUUGUAACCAACUAAGCCUCUUGAACCUGCUCAAAAAUUGUCUAUUUGCAUAAUUCUGUCUAUUUGGAUCAUUGUUUUCUCACAUUGGUUUGGCAUUUGUGGAUAGAUAUGGGGAAAUUGUGAACAUAAAUCUGGUGAGAGACAAGAAAACUGGAAAAUCAAAAGGAUUUUGCUUUUUGUGUUACGAAGACCAGCGAAGCACAAUAUUGGCUGUGGACAACUUCAAUGGAAUCAAGGUCAGAUUUUCCACUCAUUAAUGUUUUCAAAGAGGAAACAGUCAUAAUUAAUCGUACUAUCAACUGACUGAGUAUUAAUAAAGCCCUCAGUAUUCUGUAAAGAUUCUGGUUUGGGACACUUUCAUAUUGCCUCCUUAAUAUUAGUAUAUGUAUCCUCCUUAUUGUUCUCCCUAGUACAUUUCCUAAGGUUCUGAUGAGAAGAAUUUGUUCAACAAUCAAGAUAUUCUUUAGUUAAUGAUCAUUUCAUCUAUUUAGUUGACCUUAAUGAGUAACUGGGGGGUUAUGUUGUAAAGAGCAAUUAGAUGGUAUUCAUUAGUCUGUAUUACAUUUUGUUUGGAGUAUGUCCUUCUUUUACUUUAAUUCCUGUAGUACACUGUACAGUUUUUAAACUUACAAUAGGAUUGUGUGUGUCUUUUCUAAAGCUUGGUGGCAGAAUAAUCAGAGUGGAUCACUGCUCAAAUUAUCGAAGACCAUUAAGUGAUGAAAAGGAUGAACAUGGGAAAAGAAAGGAGAUUAUUGAGGAAGGUUGUGCCCCUAAAACACCUUCACCAUCACCACCAGCCUCAGAAGAUGAGGAGAUCCUUGAACUACCAAAGAAGAGAAAGAAAGAGAAAAAAGCAAAGAAAGACAAGAAACUCAAAGAAGAGAAAUUGCCAAAGAGAAAGAAAAUGUUGUCCAGCUUAGGGCAAGAGGAUCUUGAAGAACCUACCAGUAAAAAGAGGAGAAGUGUGCUUGGGUCUGAUAACAAAAGGGAAGGGAAUGACAGAGAUCUGUCUCGUGACCGUGAUUUGCAGAAUGUGAAAGCUAGCGUGGUGCACGACAGUGGACGCGAUCAUGAUUUUAGAGACCAUCAUGCUAAUAAACAGGGUAGAGAUUCAAACAAACAUGUCCGCGAUGGGCACAUCCGUGAUCGUAAGCGUGAGCGAGAAAUUAAUGAAAGCGAUCGCGAAGCACGCAAUCGUGAACAAUAUAUUCGUGAGCGUGACCGUGAAGCACAUACUCACGAAUUCCGUGACAAUCACAUAACUAGUAACCGUAAGGAGCAAAGAGACAGAGACUAUCGUUACUCAUCGCGUGACAAUAGAGGUCAUGAGGUAGAUGAAAGAAAAAGAGACAGGUUCAACAGGCCAGGAGAUCAUCGAGAUGAAAGUAGGAAUUAUGAAAGACGGGACAGAAAUAACUUCAGUGAUCGAAGGGAGAGAAGAUGACGGGUUUCAAACCAAAUUGUUCCCAGUUCCUAAAAAAACUUAGGUUUGAAAGCAAUACCAAACAAAAUUGUUGCUUCAUGAUUUUAUUGUAAUAAAAUAUCCAUUUACAUUUGAUAAAGAAUUUUUUUGAUACCUGAAAAUCUUGUAAGUCAUGGUAACUCAAAGAAAUUAUAGCUUUAGAUUGUCAGUAACUUGGAAUUUACCACACUGUAGAAAGGUUUUCCAAAUACAUGACUAGAACAUGUAGAAAAAAUUGAACUUCAACAUACUGUAUUUUUUUAUAAAUAACAUGCAAACUAUGCAAUUUUAUUUAUGUUUUAUAUUAUGCAAUAAAUCGCUUUUUCAAUUGG